GGCCAUUGUGGUACUUGUAGUUCGUGAGUUGUGUGAUGCAACGGUUUUAUCAGUCCAAAGCACUGUAUUACCCACAAUCCUGUGCACUCUUCCUUACGCUCAUGGGCGGAGCUCGAACGGAAACAUGGCAGCGGGCGUCUUAAGUGGAGUAAGGCAGGUUCUCCGGGGCCCUCGGUUGGUCUCUGCUGUGCUCUCGUGUCACGGACAGACAUUCAGCUCCGCAGCAGCGCCAGACACCGCUGCUACAGAGAAGAUCCUGAACUUCCCAAUCACUCAACCGGAUUAUUUCCACUUGUCUGAGCUCUUCACUAUAAAGGACCUGUUUGAAGCCCGUGUCCAUCUUGGACACAAGAAAGGCUGCCGGCACAGGCUGAUGGAACCAUAUCUGUUUGGUUCUCGUCUGGAUGUUGACAUCAUUGAUCUGGAGCAGACAGCAGAACACCUCCAGCAGGCGCUGAACUUCACGGCUCACGUGGCGUACCGCGGCGGCAUCAUCCUAUUCGUCAGCCGCAGGCGGCAGUUCGGUCACCUGAUAGAGACGACGGCGCGAGAGUGCGGCGAAUACGCUCACACGCGCUACUGGAAGGGCGGCCUGCUCACCAACGCCCCCAUCCAGUACAGCCCCGGCGUCCGGCUGCCGGACCUCGUCAUUUUCUUCUCCACGCUCAAUAACGUCUUCCAGCAGCACGUCGGCAUCCGAGACGCGGCCAAAAUGAAUAUUCCCACGGUCGGGAUUGUGGACUCUAAUUGUAACCCCAGCCUCAUCGCAUACCCAGUGCCCGGCAACGAUGACACUACUGUUGCCAUGGAGAUGUACUGCCGGCUGUUUAAAAUGACCAUUAAUAGAGCAAAGGACAAGAGGAGGCAGAUGGAGCUUCUUAGGGGUAUUUCAGCCUCAGUAUGAAGCAGGUCAAUGAGAGUCUGUGUGUGUGUGUGUGUGUGUGUGUGUGUGUGUGUGUGUGUGUAUGUAUGUGUGUGUCUGUUGUCCUCACAUAGAAAGUUCAGUGGAAAUAUGAGUUCAAAAAGUAACUGCAGUUAAAAUACAGAUGUAUUAUUUUGAAUAAAGUUCAGUACCUAAAAACUUGAAACACAUGUAACCAUCCUAGAACUAUGGAAGCCCAUUUUCACCUUAAAAAAGAUAAUUGCAACUUUAUAUCUCACAGUUGUUUUUUAGAAUUGUAAGAUAUAAACUCAGAAAUGUGAGAAAAAAGUUAGAAUUCUAAGGUUAUAUCUC